AUGCCAUUAAUUACAUCCACAUCCACACCCAAAGCCACAGCCGCUUCCAAUAGCAGUAGUACCACAGAUGAUUCAUUAGUUGAGGGGGCAUACAAUUUGUUAGAUUCACUACUAUUUUAUUUGAUGAAUUUAAUGUUAUUUGUUUUGUUAUUUACUGAUUUAGUGAUGGAUUUUGUUCAUAAUUGUAUAUAUGGAUACAAUAUUGUUGCUUGUUCCUUCAAACAUAAGUUAUAUAAUAAUAUAAAUUGA